UGAAAAUGACUUUGUUUAUUAUAAUAAAUUCCCUUAUUAAUAAUACAAGACAGAGGAACGAUGCAUUUCAUUCUUCAUUAGUUAUUCUUGUUCAAUCUCAGUACUCGUGAUCACCAAAGAUUGUUCCUUCUGAUCACUCAACACAAAAUUUGUCGAAUUAAUUAAGCCAUUAAUCAAUGGCCGAUCCUCAGAAAAUCCAUCCUGUCCACGAUGUUGAAGCACCACAUGCAUCGACAGCUCCGUUGGUGCCACGGGGAACGUCCAAAUCCGAUAGAGGCGAUCCGACGGCCUUGGGGCAGCGGUACCCACCAUUCCAGCGUACCAUCCCGGUGACGUACUCCAAACCACCAAAGAAGAGAAGCUGCUGGUGCAAGUGCCUGUGUUGGACAGUAUGCCUCCUAUUGCUCCAACUGAUCAUCAUCGGUAUUAUUGUCGGAAUAAUAUUCCUUGCGUUCCAACCAAAGCUUCCCAAGUACUCUGUGGACAAAAUGCAAAUUACCCAAUUCAAUCUCAGCGGCGAUGAUAGCUUAUAUGCAGCGUUCGAUGUGACGAUCACUGCAAGAAACCCAAACAAGAAGAUCGGGAUAUACUAUGAGGGCGGGAGCAGCAUAGGCGUGUGGUAUACGGACAGAAAGCUAUGCCAAGGGGCUUUGCCAAAGUUCUAUCAGGGCCACCGGAACACGACGGUGCUGAACGUGCCGUUGACGGGACAGACGCAGAACGCGAGUGGGCUGCUGACCACGCUCCAACAGCUGCAGCAAGAGACGGGAAGUAUUCCGCUCACUCUUAGGGUCAAUCAGCCAGUGAGAAUAAAGCUAGGAAAGUUGAAGCUGUUUAAGAUAAAGUUCAGGGUAAGGUGCAGGCUGCAGGUGGAUAGCCUUUCUGCUAAUAAUGCUAUUACUAUUCGGAACAGUAGCUGUAAGUUCAGGCUUAGGCUUUAGAUCAUUCUGACCAUUUGAUUUUCUAUAUAUAUAUAUAUACACACACACUUCUUUCAUUCUUCAUUUUGUUUUAUUUUUUCCCUUUUCCCUAAAAGAAGUGGAGGAUGAUUAUAUACUUAGGUUCUAAUAUUCUCAUACACUUCUAUAUAUAUAUAUAUAUAUAUUUGUCCUGUAAUUCUUUUUUUUUUUUGAGAUUAUACGUCCUGUAUUCUAUCCAUCAGAUCAUUUUACUAUAAUAUUUUCUG